AUGGAAAGUGACCUUGUCAAGAGGUUUCAGAAACUAUCUCGGUAUUUGAACAAUUUGUCGGCUGCUGACCUUGGGACCGUGGGCGGAGAGGCUGCUCUUUACGCCUGCAAUAUCCUCGCCAGGAUUCAGAUGAAACAGAAUGGCAAAGGGUUUAAUGGCCUCUAUACACAUGCCCUCAUUUGGAAAACUGUCACCAGUCUCGAGGCUACAUCGCUUUCUCCCACAGUCGCCAGCCAGUUGGCGCCCAUGGCCAAAUCUGCUGCUUCAAUUCUGUGGUCCUUACCUCGAUCGAGCUUCGAUCCCACGCCCGAUCCUCGGGCCCGGUUCAACCCCGACACCUGGCAGCCACAAGUCUUGGAUGCUAUUGAUGAGAACAAGAGUCUCCAAGUUAUCGCUCCCACUUCAUCUGGCAAGACAUUCGUAUCGUUUUAUGCGAUGAAGAAGAUUAUGCAGCCGAGCGAUGAGGACGUUCUCGUCUACGUCGCGCCUACAAAAGCGCUCGUCAACCAAAUCGCCGCCGAGAUCCAGGCCGAGUUCACAGAGUCGUACAAGCACAAUACGCGAUGUGUUUGGGCCAUUCAUACCAGAGAUAAUCGAGUGAACAAUUCCACAAACUGUCAGAUCCUCGUCAUUGUUCCGCAUACCCUGCAGAUUAUGCUCAUGGCCCCGACUAAUUCCAAAUCGAAAGACUCUUGGUCCCGUCGGGUCAAGAGGAUUAUCUUCGACGAGGUUCAUUGCAUUGGCCAAUCGGUCGAUGGUGUCAUCUGGGAACAGCUACUGCUCCUCGCUCCCUGUCCCAUCAUUGCUCUCUUAGCCACCAUCGGCAACCCUCACGAGUUCAAGGCUUGGCUGGAGGGUGCUCAGAAGGCCAAGGGCUUUGAUCUGGAGAUGGUUGUUCAUUCGUCUCGAUACUCUGACUUACGCAAGUUCAUCUACUUCACACCCCGAAACUACAUGUUUUCCGGUCUCAAGCCCUGCAAUCUUCUUCCUGUUCCUGGCCUUGAUGCCAAUGCGGAUGGAGAAACCAGGCAGGGCUACUCCAGGUUUGCUGCUAUUCACCCAGUCGCAAGCUUAACCAACAGGAGCCGUGAGAAUCUAGAUGACGUCGCCCUUGAACCGCGAGAUUGCUUGACACUCUGGAAAUGCCUAAUUCAGCAUCAAACGAGCAAAUACCCGAUUUCCGAUGCUCUGAACCCUCGAAAGUUCCUGAAGGAUGUCGCCAGGAAAUCCGACGUGGUGAAAUGGGAGGCGGCCCUGAAGGAUGUCCUCAAAGCAUGGAUGGUAGACCCGGAUUCGCCAUUCUCUUCUGUGCAACACACUCUACAGUCUACGGUUUCUCAAGCGUCUAAACUGCCCACAUUUGAUGAGACUGAUGACGAGUCAGACUUUCGUCUCCCCAUGUCUGCCGACGCUGGCAGCCUAACCUCCAUUGCUUUUCCACUCCUUGUUGACCUCCACAAGAAGGGGGCUCUUCCGGCCUUGCUGUUCAACUACGAUCGCCUUUACUGA